UAUAUUUUGUAGAAUUGCAAAACAUCCCUUCUCCACAAAAGACUGCACAGAUGAUUUUAGACAAUUUCGUGCGCUACCAACCGGACAACCAACUAAGACUCGCAAAAAGAUCGCCGCCAAUACAAGAAGAUACGGUUAUUGUUAUGGAUGCAUCUGGGUCAAUUGGUUCGUGUGAGUUUGAGCAAGGAAAAAUAGCUAUGUCCCAAAUGAUGAAAAUGUGCAAGGUGAAAGCCAAGAAAGCAGGGCUUUCCUAUGACUGCCGAUACGCUGGAGUCAGCUUUUCCAACUCGGCAACCUUAGAUUUUAACUUCUCACCUAUCAACCAAGCAAGUAAAAAAAUUAGGACCGUCACUUAUCCUGGUUGGGGUACAAAUACACAUGCAGGAUUGGAAGAAGCAGAGAAAGUAAUCCGAGCAGGUUUGUACCGAGAAAUUCUUUGUACAGAAUUUUGAAUAUCCAUCGUUAUUGUAAAUAUAUCAAAGGGAUUUUAACAUCCUUGAUUUUUGGCAUUGUUGGGAAAUUGAUAAAAAACCUGGAAAUUAAAUCAAAUUUUGCAGAAAGAAAACUAAAACAGUAAAGGUUCGCAUUGACAUGUACAUAAUUUACGUGUCUCUUCAUGACAUGAACGCGUAUUUAUUUCUCUUAGCAAGUUAACAAUCCACCAUAAACUUGACAAUGAGCCGUUUUAGGCGGUCAGUGUAUAUAUAUAGACUAUAUAAUUCAAUUAUACUAAAAUUGAUGCACCUCCCCUCAGUGAGUAUAUAAAUUGUUAAAUAUCCUACUAGUAGCUAUAUAGAGAUCCAAUCAGAAGAACGACAGAACAUGUUAUAGCUAUAAUAAUACUUAUUUGCCCUCAAAUGUAUUAGAUUGAUUACAUCCCCAAAAACCAACAAACCUUAACAUAUUCUAUUAGUUAAAGCCUAUAAAAAAGUCAAGUAAAGUAAUGCUAUUGUUCGCCCAUACUUCGAUUAGGUACUGGCGUACUGCUGUGAAGUAUGGGAUGUGUUCGGUGAAACACAAUCAAAACGACUUCAAGAACUCCAAAAUAGAGCUGCUCCAAUUAUCAUGAAUAUAUGAGCAAUGACACAGAUCAUUCUGUAGCAUUGCAAGCAUUGGGCUGGAAGACACCUAAAGUAGAAAGGAGGAAAGCCAAGGCAAAAAUGAUGUAUAAAUUAUUAAAUAACAUGGGCCCUCAAUCACUCACUAACUUAUUCACUUAUAAAAGUGAGAUGACUAGCUAUAAUCUUCGAAACGUUUCAAGUACUCUUUGUUUACCGCAACCGCGGACUAAUAAUUUAAAAAACGUUUUAUGUACGAUGGAUCAUUCCUUUGGAAUUCUAUUCCUAAGGAAAUUAAAAAGAGAAAAUCCCUUUCUUCCUUUCGGUCGAAAAUCGCUGUUCGAUCACAUUGAUGGUUAAAGCAAAUAUAUGCAUCUGUAAAUAUAUGCAUCUGUAAAUACAUUAUCUAUCUAUCUAUCUAUCUAUCUAUCUAUCUAUCUAUCUAUCUAUCUAUCUAUCUAUCUAUCUAGUUUACAUUAGGGUUAAAUUAGGGAGAGAUUAAGAAGUUUAAGAUCAGAUUAGUGUUAGAGGUUAGAGUCGGGGUUAGAUUAGGGUUCAACAUGCGUCGCGAAUUUACAAAUAAAUUCGGACGUGUUGAACACCAUUCAUAUAAUAAAUCAGGGACGUCAGCUGGGGUCUUGAAAAGGACGACGAAUGAGCAACGUCUGGUGGGACCCAGACCCAGUGACGGAUGGAUCAAGAUUGGCGUGGGGGUAUUACUGAUCAAACAUAAAACAUUUCAGUCGCUAAUUAAUCUUUUUUCCCCAAAAAUUGUUAGGGGGAGGGGGGUGUUAAUGUACUGUAAGUUAAUGUACUGUAAUUUGUUAAAUUUUUCGGUAAUUUUUUUGUAAAUUUAGAUUUUUAAAAUACAAAUUGUAAUAUCUUAAUCUUGAUUUUCAGAAUUAAAAUCUAUGUUAUCGUUUUCCCACAACAAGUUCUCGUCGGCUCGUCCCUAGGUGGAGCUCAUACUGGCUAGUGGAUAUAUAUAAGCUGCUACAUGUAUACAAACAAUUUCGCCUCGGCGACUAUAUUAGUUGUUCAGUACUUAGCUAUAUAACCAAUCAGAUUAGAGAUAAACUCAUAUCCUUUAUUAUUUUGUAGUUUUAUGCUAUAUUUAUUUAUUUUGUUGUAUUAUUUCUUUCAAUUAGUACUCCGAGACCGGAAAGACGCAAGAAAGAUGGUCUUUCUCGUGACAGAUGGUCAGUCGAAUAAUAAGCAGAAAACAAUAGCCAGUGCGAAAAAGCUAAAGCAAAUUUGGAAUUUGAAAAUUUUUGUUGUUGCCGUUGGUAAUUACAUUAAUGGAAUAGAUGAAAUGGCGAAAGUGGCGUCCUAUCCACCACAUCGAUACGUUUUCCGAGUUGAGAAACUCAGCAAACUAAAAUACAUUUUCGAAUUGGCUUUGCAGAAAAUGAUACAUCCUGGGGUUUGGCCCACCCUAAAACCUCCAAAGUCUUUAUGCCCUUAA